AGUAUUUUGUUUUGGACAUUCCCGAAGAAAUCUUGUGGAAAUAUGUCCACCACGACAAUAAAUAAAGCAAACACAGCGGAACAUAUUAAAAAUAGACAACUGGAUAAAGAACGGCACCAAAGACUAGCGGAAGCAAUGGACGAAGCAGUGAAAUUGUUAGAAGAAGCAGCAGAAGCGGUAAAACAAGGACAGUGGGACGAAAGGUUAGGAGCAGUACUAACAGCGUUGGAAAGCAAGGAAAAACCUUCGAUUCCGUUUGCUUUGGGUUCUUUGGGUUUAGGAAGUGUUCCAGAAGCUCUCAUGAAUGAGGAACACAAGGAAGGUGUGGAACUGUUCCGAAGCUUGUUAGCACAAGGGAUGGAGGAAGGAAACUUAAAACCCGGGGCAAAGGAGGAAGCCUCUCCAAGAAGACAGCGAACUCGAAGUACAAACGAAGUUGUUAGUACACACAACAGAUACCAAGUGGACUAUGAGAAAACUUUGGUCCCUCGUUUGCGCCAAACUCUAGUGACGCUUACAAAAGAGAAGAUAUCCAGUCCUUUUAGAAAGCCGGUUACUCUUGCAGAAGCACCCAACUACUACGAUAUAAUAACCAAUCCUAUGGAUCUAAGUACUAUGCGGAAGAAAUUAGACCAAGGAGUUUAUAGGAGUCCGCAAGACUUUUUACAGGACUUGCAUCUUAUUUGUGAAAAUGCUUUUUGCUAUAAUGCUAAGAACUCUGAAGUUUAUAAACUUGCAGAGGAACUGAAGAAACGAAUCAAGAAACUGAUGGAACCAAUAUUGGAAGAAUGGUCGUCAAUAGAGCAAGUGCUGGACGAAACUGAAGGAAGGGGGAACAAUCAGGUUGAAAGGCAAGAAAGUGAGUUUAUUUCGGAACCGAGUCGAAAAACCAGGAGGAGAAACAACCUAAGCAGUCGCGAUCCGAAACCUUCCAAAGUUCUCGAUAUGAAAUCAGUAACAGUUGAAUGUGAGGAAAACACUCCUUUGAACACUUUAGAGCCUGAGCCCUCCAAUCCUACAACUGAUGAAAAGGAGAUAGGAGCAGUUGCAAACACUCCAAAAUACCAAGAGACGGAAUCUCAGAGCAUUACGCAAGCUGAAAUGAAAUUGGAAGGUAAAGAAGCAGGCCACGCUCCUGUGGUAGCCACUUUAGACUCUGCGAACAAGGAAUGCAACAGUAACGCACCAGAUAUAGUGGACGAAAAAGAAAGACUGGUGGAGACAGCAAACGCUACCUCUACAGAUUCUCAACCAAAGAAGAAGAAUGCAGGAAAAAGAGACACACGUGUUGGUAAGUCCAAGGGUCAUUCAAGCAGAAGCAGGAGGAGGUCAGUAGUGCGUCGUUGAGCAACUUGGAAAGAAAGAAGAACCGUGUGUU